ACCCCUACUAUAUACUAUCAGAAAAUAAAGAUGUAAGCACUGCUUCUCCAACCCUAUGCCCAAAGUGGUCUGCAUCCACCCAGCUGGGCCCAAGAACAUAUAUCUGUCCUAUGAAAAUCUUUAUGUAAAUGAGGAGGUUGGCUUGCCAGUGGGAAGACUAGGGACUAGUAUUUUUGAGGAAUGGGAUUGGGAAACUGUAAUUUGGAGACAUCUAAUCUGUAAACUAUAAAACACAGUAUUAAAUGUGAGUUUUAAGCAAAAGAUUUAGAGAAAAAAUUAAAGGAAGGGAAGUUGGGAAAGGGUAAACUUUUUUCUGAACAGGAAUCAGGAGAAGGGCAUAGGAAAAAGCUUUCAUUUUGUGUUUCAGGAUCAGUGUGGCUACUUGUAUUCCUGGGCACUGAUAGAAGACCAUGGGAAAGUGGCAUCUACUGCUUACAUAUGCCUUCCUCUCAUCUUCAAAUCAAUUUAAGAAUACUUGAAUUGCCUGCUUCAGAGGAUUAUUGGAAUGCUAUUGCUAUAAAAAUGUGAAGUGUAAUAAUACUGUGAAUUAUAUUAAUAUGCCUAUAUAUGAAUAUUGAGAGGUUCCACUUAAGAAUUUCCCCAUACCAAAUUAGAGCAAAAUCCAGUUGUUCCAUUCAGGAUCACAUAGUCAGUAUGGGCAGGAGUUUCUGACUUCAAGGGUAGUUUUACCAGGAGAACUUUCUCUAUAAUGUACGAUCUUGGAGGAUGGCGGAUGGUGGGACUACAUGGAAGAGGGGACUUGAAGGCACCGUCUUGGAGUUCUCUAGCCACUACAGUAAGCUGCCUCUCCCCUGAGCACCACUAAGAUUAAACAGAAAAGAGUAAUAGCAGGACUGAGAUGUGUUUUCUCUCUGAACUCCAACCAAGGAUGAGAUAAUAAUGGCACUUGCUAAUAUCAUUUCUUCACUGUAAUCAUAACUCCACCCUGAUACCUAUUUGUGAAACCAAGAUUUUUCUAAUUCCAACCCUACUCUACCCUCACAAAUUUUCUUGAGGAAACACCAUUCCCCAACAAGCUGCCUUUCCUUUUUCAGCUCCGUUUGCCUCUCCUUCACACCUCCUGUUUCCGAUAGCCUCGUGUCCUUAGUCUGGGGGGUUCUUGUGCUGGUUGUUCACAACUGGCCUGGUGGCUGUGGAAUGGGCGGGGAGGAGGGGGAAGAAGGAUGGGUCUUGGAGGCGGUACUGAGGGAGGCGAUUUCCAGGGACCCUCGGUCUUGAUAUAAAGGGCUGGGUGGGUACUGACCAGCUACAUUCCAAGGUGCAGAUUCAAGAUGGUGACUAGGGAUCGAGCAGACAACAGGGAUAAUACCAAGGUAAGAGAGAGAAGGAGGAAGAAGAGGAGACACCCAAACCUUGAGAAAAACAAAUGAGGGAAAGACAGAGGGAAAAGUUUCCUACUUUGGGAAAACGUUUGGGGGGAGAGAUCAGAAGGGGCCAAAAGAGAAGGCAAGGUGGUCAUGGUCGAAAAGAGGAAGAAGGAUGCAGAGAAGAAAGAGAGGAAAGAAGUUGCUGAGGGAAAUAGAAAAGGCAACAUAAGAUAAGAAUACAAGAGAAGGCCAUAGAACUGGGGUGUAGGGAGAAUGAGUCAAAGAAUCAAAGCCAGAGAAUAGAUAGGGAGGAGAAAAAAGGAUGGUGGCUAGGGAGAAAGAUGGUGGUAGAAAGCCUAUGUGAGGAGAGGGCUUUGGAUAAAAGAAGAAAAACUAGGAAUAAGUAUUAAAGAUCGAAGAGAAGGACACCUAGGAGAGGUGAAAAGGAUAGAGAAGAGGUAGGAGAAUCCUGCUAAAGGCAAUAAAUUAGGAGGAAAAUAGAGGGACAAAAAGUGUGCACAGAACAAGUGAUUGCGCCUGAUAAACAUAUAGAGUAAAAGAAAAGAGGAGAGAGAGGAAGAAAAAUAGCACCAUUUUAAGGAAAGCAUAGAGAGGAACAGGGAGAUGGAGAGACUCGUUGAAAAAUAGAAAGAGAUGGAAGGGGGAAAAAACUUUAAAAAAUAGAAUCAGAAACAGAUUGGGUGGGGACGAUGCGGGAAGAGACAGAAAAAGGAAAAAAGGAAAGAAAAGGGAAGAAAAAAGAGGAAGCUUAAAGCAUGAAGAUGAAAAUAUAGAAAGGAAGUUCAAAAAUAAGGUAGAUGGGGGUGGGGAAGAGAGAGAAGGAAAGGGGGAGGAAGUAGAGUGAGGUGAAAGCACAGAAAACUGAGGUGGGGGAAUGGGAACGAACUUCUGAGUCCUAAACUCAUAAUGGGAGAGACUUUGGGAGAGGCAGGUGGACAGGGCAUAGAGAGUCUAGAGGUACAAUACUGGGACUAGUUAUUUUGAAAAGUGGGAGGGCCUCUAGGCCUAGAGGAGUUUCGGAGCGGGCAGUUGGGGCAGCAGGUCUGUGAUUGAGUCUCGGGUAUGGCUCGGUCCGGCCUCCCCUUUUCCCUCCCACAGAUGCUAAAGCCACUAGUGGAAAAGCGGCGCCGGGAUCGUAUCAAUCGGAGCCUAGAGGAGCUUAGGCUACUGUUGCUGGAGAGGACCCGGGAUCAGAACCUCCGGAACCCGAAGGUGGAAAAGGCUGAGAUCCUGGAGUUCGCUGUAGGCUACUUGAGGGACCGGAGCCGGGCCGAGCCCCCGGGUACAACGGGUGCCCCCCGAUCCCCGACUCAGGACUCAGAGGCGCUGACCAGCUGCUACCUGUCCGGUUUCCGCGAGUGUCUCCUCCGCCUGGCAGCAUACGUCCACGAAGCCAGCCCGGCAGCCCGAGCCCAGCUCCUCUCCACCCUCCACAGCUACCUCCGACCCAAGCAGAGCCGGCCCGAGCCCGGCUCCGGGGAGCCCCGCUGCCCGCCCCCUCGCCCCACGCUGGACCCCGCCGCCCUGCCGUCAGGCCCGAUGCCUACCCCUGCUCACCACCGCCCUCUCCUGCACCCCGCCAGCCCCCACUCCGCCUGGUCCCCGACACUCAGCACAACCUGGCCAAGGAACCUGGGCGCACGGGCGCCCCACACAGGACUGCGGCCUCCUCAGAGACAAGAGGGGGCGCCGCCGGGGGGCAAGUCCCCGCCUGCCCCGCCCGCCUUCUGGAGACCUUGGCCCUGAGCUUUUUGGGGAGGGGGGAGGGGAAUGGGAACCAAAGAGGGGAGCUGGCAGUAGAAGGGCUCGGAAAGGUGGUAGGGAGGGUGGGACGCGAGAGGGAGAGAAAAGACUCCGUUUUGAAGGGCGGGGGAGGGGCUCUGGACCCAGGCGGCGGGGAGCGGGAAGACGAGCUGUCUGGGGAGAGGGCGCAGGAGGGGGAGAGGUAGGGAUAAUGGGUUCUUUGGUCGUAUUGAGAUUCUUGUUUAUAUAUAGUAUCUAUAUAAAUAUAUAUUUUUCCCUCGUUCCUCUUCUCCCCGUCCUUCUCCCCAUCAACCCUUCCGAGUCCCCAAGGUUGAAUCUUUCCCGUCCCAUAAAGUGGUGAUCGCAUCCCUUUCUCUGGGCGUCCUUUCCCCUCUCUCUCCCCCGUGCUCACUCCCGGGCGUUGAAAGCAGGUAAGUAAGCAGAGAGAUGGAGCUGCAAGGACAAGCUCGGAGAUGGAGAAGACAGGUGGGAGGAGAGCGGAGAAGGCAGGAGGCACUGAGAGAAUAUUCUAUAACAGGCCUCUGGGUUCUUCACUCGCCUAGUCAGUUUAGGCCAAGGGGGGAAAAAAAAAAAAAACAAAGCGACUCUGGUGGGAUUCGAACCCACAACCUUUGAAUUGCUCUCUCGUCACUAGAAGUCCAAUGCGCUAUCCAUUGCGCCACAGAGCCACCUGCUGGGCCCUGCCAGCUCUCGCCCUACAGCCGCUACCAUCGCCGCCUAGGUGAUAAUGAGCAAGUGGGGAAAAGAAAAGACUUCGGAGAAAGGGUGGGGCGGGGCAAGGUCCGACUGUUGCGAGAGCACGGACCAGCAAUCUGAGAGAUGGGAGUGUGUGUGUGUGUGUGGAUUGUGUGUAGGAGAGUCUAUGGUAGAUUGGGUGGUGGGUGGUGUGUAAGGUGUUUCUGGAGUUCCUAUGCGUGCGUGUCUGCGUCGGUGCCGGUAGUGGGUCUGUCCCACUCGGUGUAGCUGGAGGCGGGGUGUCUCCGUGUUGGUGUGUGUGGUGUAUACGCCUGUGUGCAUGUGUCUACGCAUGUCUGCGCGUGAGGCGUGUGCGUGUCUGCGCAUGUCCGCGCGUAGGCUUGUGUGUGCGCUUGUCUGCGCGCGCCUGUUUGUCUGUGCGUGGGUGCGUGUGUCUGUGAGCGAGUCUGCGUGUAUUUCGAACCCCCGUGGUCGGUCUGUCGGUUGGUCGGUCGCGGAUAGCGACGAAGACGUUGGCGCGGGAAGCUGCCUCGCUGUGGGUUUCGGGAUUCUCCCAGUUCCCCCGUCCCAUCCUCGCCGCAGGAGGCGUGCUGGGGCGCUGCCUGCCGCCUCUGUCUUCUCCCUCCAGUCUAGCGCAGCUCUGUGUGCGAUACAGCCUCUUCUCCCAUCUUAUCGAUUUGCGUCCCGCCUCUCCCCUCCCGCCCAAUAAAUUGAUUUAAUAUGAAAUUUC